CCUCUUUUCCCUCCCCAGCAAUGGUACCAGCAUGAUCUCGUUGAUCAUUCCUCCCAAAGACCAGAUCUCACGAGUGGCAAAAAUGUUAGCAGACGAGUUUGGCACUGCCUCCAACAUAAAGUCAAGAGUGAAUCGCCUUUCAGUUCUGGGAGCCAUUACAUCUGUACAGCAAAGACUGAAACUCUAUAACAAAGUACCUCCAAAUGGUCUGGUUGUUUACUGUGGAACAAUUGUGACAGAAGAAGGAAAAGAGAAGAAAGUCAACAUUGACUUUGAACCUUUCAAACCAAUCAAUACAUCGUUGUAUUUGUGUGACAACAAAUUCCACACGGAGGCUCUCACAGCGCUGCUCUCUGACGACAGCAAGUUUGGCUUCAUUGUAAUAGACGGGAGUGGGGCCCUCUUUGGAACUCUGCAAGGAAACACACGGGAAGUGCUGCACAAAUUCACUGUGGAUCUUCCAAAGAAGCACGGCAGGGGGGGUCAGUCUGCGCUGCGCUUCGCCCGCCUGCGCAUGGAGAAAAGGCACAACUACGUGCGCAAGGUGGCCGAGACCGCCGUGCAGCUCUUCAUCUCCGGGGACAAGGUCAACGUGGCCGGGCUCGUCCUGGCCGGCUCGGCCGACUUCAAAACCGAGCUCAGCCAGUCUGACAUGUUUGAUCAGCGGUUGCAAUCCAAAGUGCUCAAACUAGUUGAUAUUUCAUAUGGAGGAGAAAAUGGCUUCAAUCAAGCAAUUGAGUUGUCAACUGAGGUCCUCUCCAAUGUGAAAUUCAUCCAAGAGAAGAAGCUAAUAGGACGAUACUUUGAUGAGAUCAGCCAGGACACAGGGAAGUACUGCUUUGGUGUGGAAGAUACACUAAAAGCUCUGGAAAUGGGAGCAGUAGAGAUCCUGAUAGUCUAUGAGAACCUGGAUAUCAUGAGAUACGUCCUGCACUGCCAAGGCACAGAGGAGGAGAAGAUCCUGUAUUUGACACCAGAGCAAGAGAAGGACAAAUCCCACUUCACAGACAAGGAGACUGGGCAGGAACAUGAACUCAUAGAAAGUAUGCCCCUCCUGGAGUGGUUUGCAAACAACUACAAGAAAUUUGGAGCAACAUUGGAAAUUGUUACAGACAAAUCACAAGAAGGAUCCCAAUUUGUGAAAGGAUUUGGAGGAAUUGGAGGUAAACUGCAAGAGGGAGCUGGGUUUGUCUUGUUUAGUGGUUGGUUUGAUAAUCUGGUGCCAACACCAGAUUAAUCUUAUUCCUGUCAG